AUGCCAGUGACAAUUCCAUCACCUGAAUACGCGCAUAUUGCGCGUAGUUUGUGGUACGCCAAGGAGAAGCGCCCAUGCGCAUGGAUCCUUAACGUCUCCACGCACCUCCUUCCAUUACACAUCAUCCUUCUACCCAUUGUCCAAUCUAUUGAGCUACUCAACUUCAUUGAUCAAGCUGAUUCCUGGCCUGUUUGUGGUUCUUCGUCAUUGCUUAAAGUAGACGCGUCUGUCAAUUUUCCCAUAAUAAUUUCUUUUGGCUCUUUUCCUUUCCCCUCCACCAAAUCAUCAUAUGUAAUUGGCUCAAAUCCCCUCGUCGACAUGGACGGAGUCUGUACGGCAUUGAAUAUAUCGGAUGAGCAAAAAUGCACCGCGUCGGCGAUAUCCAUCAAUGGUCUGUUCUGCCGCUUCCACGCAAAACAAUGCCAGGGUCUAUAUAUCGGCUACAAGAGACGUAAUGCCCAGCUCGACUCAAUGGUAGCUUCGCCACCACAAUUCCUUGCCAAGUCCAAAUGGCAGACAGUCCAAUUCAACGACGUUGACGACGAGGAUCUUUUGGCAGAGCUUCAUGAUUACUUGUUCAAGAAGUAUGCAUUGCUCGACCGGGUUAUCCGCGCCCGCAAAUUGCACCAAUCCAGGUUCUACGCAGACAACUCCGACUUCGGUCACAAAACGUAUCUGGAUAAACUACUCAACGAUCGCCUCACCACCCUCAGAGCUCUAGAAAGACUGGAGAAGAGAACAGCCGAGGUGCUUUACCAGAAACAGAAGUGGUUCCACUGGGUUCGCCAAGAGCAAGCACAGGAAGAGCAGGCGCGUGAAAAUGAAGCUAAUCAUAUCAAACAUGAGGCGGCCAUGUUUAAGAGGCAUUGGAAGGAGUUGCAAAGCAGGUCGCGGGCCAAGAGACAGGAAGAAGAUAAGAAGCGAGAGGAGGCGUUCUUGGAGAAAGUAUUCAAGGAGCGACAGGAUGCUCGCACCGACUCAGCAGACGCAGACGAAGUUGACUGGGAUCCCAUCGAAGACGAAGUGGAAGAGGAAAAGGAGAGGUACAUUCAUUUACUGAAACAUUUACUCUGGCUUCAAGACUCUUCUGUCGAACAUUAUGAGGAGUAUGAAACUACCGUCGCCAGUGACGAGGCCCCAACGGCGGCAGAAUUUGCGCUGGAUUCUACGUUACUCUCCAAGGCGAAAAAGAAGCGUGCGAAAAAACAAGCCAAAGCGCUUGCUGUUCCAGCCCAGAAUACCAAGAAUGCUGGUGGAGAUGCGAAUGAUGAUCGAGAAAAUCGAAUCAAGAUAAUCUAAACC